AUGUCCGGCGGCCACAAGCCCAUCCGUCUACCGCCCCUCAAGACCCUGCGCGUGCACAACCCCAAGCGACAGCCCGAAAACCCCUGCAUCGCAAUAAUGUCCAGCGUGCUCGCGUGCUGGGCCUCCGCGGGCUACAACGCCUCGGGCUGCGCCGCCAUCGAGAACCAGCUCCGGAAAUGCAUGGACGGGCCUGCGCCGCCGCCCGCGCCCGCGAAUACCGUCAACUACCACCUCUCGAGAAUGCAGAAGCACGUCACGAGUCCGCGGAAGCAAAAGUAG